AUGGAGCAAUCGCAGAUUGAAAGAACGAAGAGGCACUAUGACCUGCAUGCCAACGAAGUGAUUCCAAGGAAGCAUGCUCUGAUAAAGAGGAGCCAGAGUCAGACUAUCCAGUUGAAGAGGUUCCACAAUGAAGUGAAGAGAUCCUUGAUAGAAUCGUUUGCGACUCGGGCUGAUCACGUGUUGGACUUGGGAUGCGGUCGUGGCGGUGAUCUAAACAAGUGGUUUGAUGCCAAGAUUGCAAAUGUAGUUGGAGUGGAUCUUUCUCAGAAGGAGAUACAAGAAGCCAUCAAGCGCCUCCAUGAACUACGUUCCAAGGCGCGAGGUGGUGUUAUCAGGAACCGUUUGGUCGACACGUUCAACGCUAGGUUCCUACAGUCUGAUAGUUUAGGCAUCUCUUCCCCGAUCCUGUUUGCAAGUAAUCGUCAUCAAUUCGACGCUGUCACGUGCAUGUUUGCACUGCACUACUUCUUCGGAACCGAGCAUUCUCUCAGGAAUCUUCUAACGACUGUCUCUGCGAACCUGAAGGUUGGAGGUUACUUCUUCGGAGUCUGUCCCGACGGAAGGAGAGUGAACGAUCUUCUCAAGAAGCAUAAUGGGACCUUCACAGGGCUCGUCUUUUCCUGCCACAUAAAGAACGAGGAUUUGCCAAGCUUGCAGUUCGUUUCCAUGGAGAAAGACUCUCGGUUUGGAAUGACGUACACAUUCGCGCUCAAGGACACGGCAAGCGACGUGACUGGUGAAGUUGAAGACAGUGACGGGAGCAUUGAGUUCAUGGUGUUUGAGGAUCUUCUGAUAGAGAUGGCGGCUGAAGUAGAUCUCGUUCCUGUGCUAGAAUACGACAGGUUGGCUUUCGGCAAGCUUCUCUCACUUGAAGCAACCAAGUAUGGGCUCUUCAAACAUUUCAUCCCCGUUUACGACAACGUCGAAGAACUUGAAACGGUCAGCAAACUCAACUGCGCGUUCACGUUCGUCAAGGUUGAUCCCAACAAUCAGAGCGACAGGCACACCAUGGGGAAAAGGCAGCUCGGAUAUGAGGAGCACGAGUUUCGCGGUGAAGUGAACGACACUGCAUGA